AAUAAAAAAAAGAUGAAUUUUAAAAGGAAAAGACGCUAUAAGUAUAAAAAAACAUCUACAAAUAAACAAUGCUCAAAGCCGGAAUCAGGAACAAGUUCGAUUCCAGUUAAAAAAUAUAAUUCUACAGUAAAUUUAUUUGCAUCGAGAUGUCGACUGAGAAAGACAGGUCGUACUAUGGCAAAAAUCUCAAAAUACCAUAUUUUAGAGAGUAAAAAUACGGGACGAGAAAUAUGUCAUAGGAUUCUUAAUACAAAUAUUGGACAUAAUGAAUAUCAUAAUAACGUUAAUUUCGAUGCUGUUAUCCUUAGUUUGUCACCAAUUUUGGAAUCAUUUAAAAAUCGACAUAAUAGAUAUAAUUAUUUCGAAGAAUUGACAUUUAUUAUAGCAAGAGAUAAUGAAAAGUAUAAAAAGAAAAAUAAGAAUCAAAUUCAUCAACGUUCACUACAAUCUUUCUUCAGUUUGUUAUUACAUAAAAAUGUUCCUUUGUCAUUAUUUGGAACAAGGAAAAAUUUUAAAUUUAUAAAAAGAACGAUUGGUCGUCUUUUAAAAACUAAUCCAGAAAAGAAAACAAUAACAAGAGCUUUUAAAAGAACUGUGCCAGAAGACACAGAAAAAAAGGCUACUUAUGCAUCAUUGAAUAUGCAACCAUUGUUUAACAAGUUUGAUAUAUCCAGAAUUAAGUGGUUUCAUUCAAUUAAUAAUAAUACAGUAAAAUGGAUAAUUAUAUUAAAAUUGUUACAUUGGUUCUUUGCACAAUAUAUAAUAAAAAUUUUACAUAAAUAUGUGGUAUUGCAUUCGGUUAAAAAGCAAUGGAUUUACUUUGUAAAAGAUGAUUGGUGCAAGAUGCAAGAAGAAUUUAUAAAGGAGAAAAUAAGUACAGGUGGUCUUGUACCGUGGAUACCUAGAGCAAAAAAGGUGGAAACAAGAAAGUCAACAUUUAAUAUACCUAUUGGGACAUACAAAUUUAUCCCAAGUUCGUCUGGUUUGAGAGCUUUAUUAGUGGCAAAGUACAGCGUUAAAGAAAAGUUUGAUGACAUUGAUGUUGUUUUGAGAUUUUUGCAGCAGUUAUAUGUCACAUACUUUAAUUUAAAUGGACUUCCCACUAUAGCAAACUGCAAGCAAGCAAUUUAUACAUUUAAAAAGGCUUCAACCAAAAAUCCUUUAUAUUAUGUGUGCUGUGAUAUACAAGAUGCAUUUGGUUCAAUAAUACAAAAAAAAUUAUAUAAGAUUAUUACUACAUGCUGUAGACAGUUACAAAUUUAUCUUGUUUUGCGAACUUAUAGUAUACCAAGAAAUGGAAAGCUAAAACAAACAGUGCAAUUUUUACCUUUUUAUCUCAGGCGGGCAAUAGGUAAAAAAGCAAUUAUGAACAAAAAACGUAAAUUAGUUAAACUAACAAAGCUGGUUAGAAAAAUAAACAAAUUAAUAUUUGACCAGAAGGUAAAACUUGAUGGUAAAGUAUAUUCAAUAAAGCAUGGUGUGCCACAAGGUAUGCGAGUAUCGCCAAUUUUAUCUGAUAUAUAUUACCAAAACAUGUUCAAAGAAAUGUUUUCUGUAUAUGCAAAUAAUGGACUUAUGUGCACAUACGCCGAUGAUAUUUUAUAUAUAACUGAGAAUGAACAUUAUGCAACAGAAUUUCUAGAGAUUAUCAAAAAUGGCAUACCCGAAUAUAAUGUAAAAUUUAAUCCGAAUAAAAUAAAAACAAAUGUAGGAUUGCCUUACACACCUACAAAAAUAAAAUUUUUAGGAUGCAAUAUAGAACUGUAAAGCUAAUUAUAUGGGAUGUUAAAACUACAAUUAUUUUAUUUUUAACUUUUUCUCAGAUAUCUCGUUUUGUAUACAGAUGACAGCCGAUAAUUUUUCUUCAGAAUUAUAAUUAUAUUUAUUUGAUAUUUAUACGUGGCGUAUCGGCUGUCGCAUUUAAAAGAAAAAUUACAAAAAUAUUAAUCAAUAACUUAAUUUUUAUUUUAAAAUUUUUAUAUUCUCUACAAAUAAUCUAUUGGCAAAUACACAGACUGCAUAUUCAUAAUGGAAAAUAUUUGAUAUGGCGGCAUCAAAGGGAGCUUAUGAGUUAAUUUCAGCUAAGUAAAUUGAUUAUUGCAUCGAUCGCAACAUCGUAAAAUACGAUACCGAUGUGCGUACGAUCUUAAAAAAAAGAAAACCAGUAUUAAAAUUGUGAUAUGCACAAAUAUUGAUAUAUCUUAAUUAUUAUUAAGUUUGCAUUGCAUAAAUUAUUAAGUUUUUAAUUACAUAAUUUGAUUUUUUGUUGUUUCAUGAAUUAGAUGCUGAUUAUAGAUGCUAUUUUCUUUUUGAUAAUUAUUUUUUAUUAAACAUGUAUAAUAUGCAAAUCUUACUGUAGAGAAAGUAUCCAUCGAUAUCACGAACAUCUUUCCUGCUGUUAAUACGCAAGGUUCUCGUGUUUUCAUUAUCAUAAAAAUCAAGAUUUUUCUUGUUCGAAAAGAAGUUUGAUACCAUGCUAUAUUUGUUCUGUAAGAGGAAAAAUAUUUUUCAUAUCUAGAGAUUUUUUUUAUACACAUACAUGCA